GCCCUCAUCGGGUCCCCUUGACUGUCUCCUUCACUGUGGGCUCGCAGGCACACACAGCCGCGUAUCACCAGAGCUGGCCGCUGUCCUCGCAGUACCUGAAACACCAGGGACCUUGCAAUGAUCUCGCUGGACUUCAAUUUCAACAUUUUGACUCGGGACCUGUCGCAUUAUCUGGAGAACCAAGUGAAAGUUGGGCUGUUCGGUUCGGGAGUGGGUCUGUCUCUGGUGUUGGGCUUCAGCGCGGCGUACACCUGCUACUAUUUGAUCUCAGUAGCGAAGAAGCCACAGCUGAUCUCUGGAGGUAAGAAGUUCUACCAUUUUCUGAGGGAGCAAUGUCCAGUAGUGUCAGAGACCUACUACCCCACCUUUUGGUGUUGGGAGAGCCGCAUCCAGACUCUGCUGAGACCUUUCGUCACAGCCAAACCGGGGGUCAUCUACAGAAAUGAGCUCAUUAAAGCAGCAGAUGGAGGGCAGAUCUCUUUGGAUUGGUUCGACAAUGAUGACAGCCUUUCUCAUCCCGACCCUGCCACCAGGCCCACAGUCCUCCUCCUUCCCGGUCUGACCGGCACCAGCCGAGAGUCCUACAUCUUACACAUGGUCCAACAGAGCCGGGAUCUGGGCUAUAGAUGCGUGGUUUUCAACAACAGAGGAGUUUCUGGUGAAACACUACUGACCCCAAGGACCUACUGUGCAGCCAACACAGAGGAUCUGGAGACUGUUAUUGAACACAUCCAGAGGACCUAUGAAGCUGCUCCACUAAUGGCUGCAGGAGUGUCCAUGGGCGGGAUGAUGCUGGCAAACUACUUGGGGCGCAAGGGCCAGGAAACCUGUCUGAAAGGGGUCGUGGUCUUCUCAGCGGGCUGGGAUGUAUUUGAGUGCACCGCUUCACUGGAAAAACCCCUGGACCGUUUCCUCUUCAACUCCUACCUCACCAGCUGCCUACAAGCCUCUGUGCACAGGCACAGACCAGUGCUCGAAAAAUGUUACGACAUUGAUCAUGUCAUGAAGGCAAGGACCAUCCGAGAGUUUGAUGAGAGGUUCACAUCCAUAAUGUUCGGUUAUCCUACCAAUGACGACUACUACCGCGAUGCCAGUCCUGUCCACAGGCUCAAAUCUGUGCAGGUGCCAAUGUUAUGUCUCAACGCUGCUGACGAUGUCUUUUCUCCAUCUCACGCCAUUCCAGUGGAGGCAGUGAAACAGAACCCUAACCUGGCUAUGCUCAUUACCCAUCACGGCGGCCAUAUUGGUUUCCUGGAGGGCCUGUGGCCACGUCAGAGCACUUAUAUGGACCGAGUCUUCAAGCAGUUUGCAAAGGCGGUCAUUGAGCAAGGCAACCGACUCAAAGACCUCUCCUGAUAAGAAAAUCUAACUGAUGUGUUCUGGUUUUACGUUUUUAUUAUCUCUUCUUGAUACAUUCUGUCCUUUAUUUCUUCUAUUUUUAUCCCAUUCUUGUUUUUUAUACCUUAUUCAGCCCUUUCUGCAUUACAUCCACCUUUUCCUCUCUACCAGACCAGUUCUGCAGUUUUUCUUUCUUCCGAUGACUUCUUCUAUCCUUGCCCUCCAUAAGUCCGUCCUGUUUUUGCUGCCACAAGCAAAAAAAAAUCCUCAUUCUUUCUCAUUUUAAAGGGCAUAUUUUAUUGAAUGCAGCAUUUGGGUUGCACUCAACAUUAAUUUAUUUAUUCCAUACAGUUAAAAGUCUGUAGUCCUGCAAGCAAAGCUGUUCAUGUCACAGCUGAAAUGCUGAGUCUGUGCCCAUUUGUGCAUUAGCUAGCUAAAGAAUUAUGUGAUUACCGUGUGCAAUCAUCAGUACUGUACAUGAGAUUCCAAUUAUUUUUGUUUAUGAAGCAUCCUCUAUUGCUUUUAUCAUUAAGAUAUCUGUAGGAUUUUAGCCCUCAGGGAUUUUUUUUAUUUCCUUAACUUAAUUUUCCUUAACUUCUUUCCCUUCUUUGUACUUUCUCAGUUAUUCUCCUCGAGUUUGAGUUUUCCUAAGUUUAUGACACGUCCACACAGUCAUUUAUUUUCUUCUAAAGUAAUAGUUUCAUAUUUUUGUCUUUUGAGUUGUGAAGCUUGAAUUCACUUUCUUUUAAAUAUGAUGCUGCUAUCAUGAAAUGAAUAGCUUAAAGAUUGGAAGCAUAAAGAUUGGAAGCAGAGGAAAGCAGCGACUCUGAAGCUCUAAAUAAAAUGCAGUGCUGUGAAAAAGUAUUUUCCCUCUUCCUGAGUUCUUAGGGUUUUUUUUCAUAUUUUUCAUACUUCAGAUCACCAAAAUAAAUUUUAAUAUUUAACAAAGACAACCAGAGUAAAUACAUGAAAAUCUGUGUGAUGAUCUGAAUCAUGUAAGUAAUGUAAUUUAACAAAUGUGCAAAAAAAAUGAACAAAUCAGGAAGAGGGAAAAUGCUUUUUCUCUGCAUUCUAGUGUAAUGUGACUAAAGGAUACUUCCCUCUCUUUGCCAGGAGAAGAAUUGUCAUGGGAGCGGAGUACCCACAAAUUAAACAUGAAAUUGCAAAGUUCUUAUAUUUUGGCAUAAUUUUUGUUGCUGAUAAUAAAUAAUCAGAAAGCAGUCAUAAAGAAAUGUAAGUCCUCAAAUGCAGGAGUUUGAGCGCGCUGCAUAGUUGUAACAGUAUACGUUACACAUUUUAAAGCAAAAAAGUGCAAAUGUAAUUGGUUUUUAUCUUAUUUAUUUAUAUGUUUUUUUGUUGCAUAGUUGACAUUUUGCUACAUCAGACGGUCAAAAAUAACUCUUAAAAUAUAGGUAUGCCUAAAAUCUGUCCAGAAAUAAUAAGUACUUACCUUUACCACACACAGACAGAUAAUGUAGUGCCUGGACUAAAGCUUUGUUUCUUUUACCUCUGAAGUUGUCAGAGGUAGGAGUGAUGUCACUCCCGAGUUGACCGUUCCAAGUUGACCGUUCCAGUAGUAAUAGUAAUAGUAGUAGUAUAAGGAAUACAUUGCAUUUUGGGUUAUUUCAAAAUUUUAGGCUACGUAGUUCAUAAUUUUGACUUACUUCUCAGAAAUUCUUAAUUGCAAGAUACGUAAGUCAUAAUUUUUGAGUUAUUAAGUAAUUUAGCUAA